UGCUCUGCCUCGGCUCGACAGGCCUUCUCUCCAGUGAAUGAGCUGUUUCCCUACUCAUCAGAGGAAGGGUAGGAAGGAUGACGCAGGAAAUUUCAUGUGAUGACUAGAACAAGGAGAAAUAAAAGGAACAAAGACAAACCCCGCUUCAAGGGCCCACAAGGCAGUGCCAGGAAGAGUGAGUUGGAGUGACCUGGGUGGCUCACCUUCCUAGAAGAGGCCGAGGUCCCACAGUGUGGCCACCACAACAUAUCAUAUCAAGCUAUUUUCAGGGUCAGGCCUGGAACUUGGAGCUGAGCCUGCUAGGGUCCCCAUUGGUUGUGGAGGAUGAGGCUCCUCCGCAGACGGCACAUGUCCCUGCGCCUGGCCAUGGUGGGCAGCGCCUUCAUGCUUUUCCUCUUCAUCCGGCAAAAGGACAUAAGAAGCAGGGAGCUGGCCACGGAGAAACCAUGGCUGGAGUCUCUGGUGAACCAGAAGGAUCAUGUCCUGGAUAUCAUGCUAGGGGCCGUGAACAACCUUAGAGAUUCAAUGCCCAAGCUUCAGAUCAGGGCUCCAGAGCCCCAGCAGGUUCUGGACUCCAUAAACCAGUCCUGCCUACCUGGGUUCUAUACCCCAGGUGAGCUGAAGCCCUUCUGGGAACGCCCCCCCCAGGACCCCAACAGCCCUGGGGCAGACGGGAAACCAUUUCAGAAGAGUGAGUGGACCACCCUGGAGACCCAGGAAAAGGAAGAGGGCUAUAAGAAGCACUGCUUCAAUGCCUUUGCCAGUGACCGGAUCUCCCUGCAGAGGGCCCUGGGGCCAGACACCCGACCCCCUGAGUGUGUUGACCAGAAGUUCCGGCGCUGCCCACCUCUGCCCAGCACCAGCGUCAUUAUUGUGUUCCACAAUGAGGCCUGGUCCACGCUGCUGAGAACAGUGUACAGUGUCUUACACACCAGCCCUGCCCUCCUGCUGAAGGAGAUCAUACUGGUGGACGAUGCCAGCACUGAGGAGUACUUAAAGGAGAAGCUGGAGCAGUAUGUGCAGCAGCUGCAGAUCGUGAGGGUGGUGCGGCAGGAAGAGCGGAAGGGACUGAUCACUGCCCGGCUGCUGGGAGCCAGCGUGGCACAGGCAGAGGUGCUCACGUUCCUGGAUGCCCACUGUGAGUGCUUCCAUGGCUGGCUGGAGCCCCUAUUGGCUCGAAUUGCUGAGGACAAGACAGCAGUGGUGAGUCCAGACAUUGUUACCAUCGAUCUCAAUACUUUCGCAUUCUUCAAACCUGUCCAGAGGGGCAGAGUCCACAGCCGUGGCAACUUUGACUGGAGCCUGACCUUUGGCUGGGAGACUCUGCCCGACCAUGAGAAGCAGAGGCGCAAGGAUGAGACCUACCCCAUCAAGUCCCCGACGUUUGCUGGUGGCCUCUUCUCCAUCUCCAAGUCCUACUUUGAGCACAUCGGUACCUAUGAUAAUCAGAUGGAGAUCUGGGGAGGGGAGAACGUGGAAAUGUCCAUCCGGGUGUGGCAGUGUGGGGGUCAGCUGGAGAUCAUCCCCUGCUCUGUGGUAGGCCAUGUGUUCCGUACCAAGAGUCCCCACACCUUCCCCAAGGGCACCAGUGUCAUUGCUCGAAACCAAGUGCGCCUGGCUGAGGUCUGGUUGGAUAACUACAAGAAGCUUUUCUACAGGAGAAAUCUGCAAGCAGCGAAGAUAGCCCAAGAGAAAUCUUUCGGUGACAUUUCGGAACGACUGCAGCUGCGGGAACAACUACACUGUCACAACUUUUCCUGGUUCCUUCACAACAUCUACCCAGAGAUGUUUGUACCUGACCUGAAUCCCACCUUCUAUGGAGCUAUCAAGAACCUUGGCAUUGAUCAAUGCCUGGAUGUGGGUGAGAACAACCAUGGAGGGAAGCCCCUCAUCAUGUAUACCUGCCAUGGCCUCGGUGGCAAUCAGUACUUUGAGUACACAACCCAGAGGGACCUUCGCCACAACAUCGCAAAGCAGCUAUGUCUACAUGCCAGUGCUAGCACACUGGGCCUUCGGAGGUGUCAGUUUAUUGGCAAAAAUAGCCAAGUGCCCAAGGACGAGGAAUGGGAGUUGACCCAGGAUCACCUCAUCAGGAACUCAGGAUCUGGUACUUGCCUGACAACCCAGGACAAAAAACCAGCCAUGGCCCCCUGCAAUCCCAGGGACACCCACCAGCUCUGGCUCUUUGUCUAGGCCCUGGAUCACCCCAGAGAGCCUCUCAAUCUUCUCAGGAAACAGGAUUGCUGAUGUCUGGAAACUUGACCACUAGCUCCUCAAUAGGCCUUAAAAAUGGAUUUCUAAACCCAAUGGAUGUCAAAGGACGAUCUUGCUCCUUGCAACAUUGGGCCCAUUUUCUUUCCUCCAUACUGAUGGAAGAGACCAUGAGGACACAUGACAUUUGGUCUAGGACUUUCCUUCUGUCCUAGAAACAGAGGCCACCAACACAGAGAAGGCAGCUAGGGGAGGGCCCAGGGCAGCAAUGCUGAACACAAGAAGAAUACCUCUGCAGCUACAUCCUGAAACCCUGAUCACCCAGAGAAUCUGCAGAAUCUAGUGAAACAGGGUGCUCUAACAGAGGGAUUAGAGGUCAAAGAGAGCCUCCCUUGCUAAUAUUGCCCAAGGUGUGUAGAAUUGAUCAUGAUUUAUAGGAAGCAUCCCAUUGAGUAUCUUUUAUUUCUUUUGCCCAAUAAUCCUGUGAGAAAGACAGGACAGGAACAACUGUGCUCAUUUUCCUGAUAAGAAACUAAGGCAGAGACAGGUAAAUAAGCUUGUCUGUAGUCACACAGCUAGUGGAUAGCUGUAGCUAAGACUGAGACUCUUCACUGCUAAACCAAAGCUCCUUCCACCACACAAGAACACUAGACAAGCCACUAGCUUUACUAUGCCCUCUUUACCCCAUUCUGGUCAUUUUCAGCUGGCUGGCUUCCAUAAAGCCUUGAAUGAUGGAGCUGGGUAGCCAUGUGGAAGGAGAUCACAUUUGGGAAUCCUGGGAUGUUAAUGAUGAAAGAAAGUUCAUGGAAGCAGUGAUUCUCAAGAUUAAGCCCCAUAUAUAUUAUAAAGUAGCAUGGUGAAAUUGAGGGAGGGAAGGGCAGUGCCCUCCAACCCAUGAACUUGUAGAGGUCUGUGAGCCUAAUUUGAAAACUGGUAUUUUAAUCCAAUUCUGUAAUUUCAUAUUAUGAAACUGAGGCCAGAAGAAUUUGUCCAAGGUCACCAGCAAGGUAUUGGCCACCCUGAGAUUAGAACCCAAGCAGGGACAGUGUGCAGAGUCAAGCAAGACUAAAAGACUGAUCCCAUCCACUGUACUGGCAUAGGUCCUGAAUGGAGCGGACUUGAUGUGCUACCAACCCUUCUCCGAGCAAGUUGGAUUCACCACACAUGUCUUCUUUGCCUGAGGUAGAAAGCCCCCCCUGCUGCCAGGCCUGUUGGCACAUGCCUGAAAUCCCAGCAGCUCAGGAGGCUGAGGCAGGAUGAUUUCAAAUUCAAAGUCAGCCCCAGCAACUUAGUAAGGCCCUAAAGCAAUUUAGUGAGAUCCUGUCUCCAAAUAAAAUAUUAAAAAGGACUGGAGAUAUGGCUCAGUGGUUAAGUGCCCUGGGGUUCAAUCCCUGGCCUGGUACCUAAAAAAAAAAAAAAAAAGAAGGAAAGAACCCCCCACUUCCCCGCCCGCCGCCACUGCCUAGCUGAAAACAAACCAAAAUUCUGUCCAGGAAGGCUUCUUCUGAUGUCAAUAGCAAGCUAUCACCACAUGAGGGUGCCAUGGGACCACGGCUGCCUCCUGUUCCCAUGCAAUUAAACCCUGCAGGAGGACUCCUGUUUCCCUGGUACCCUUUGGGAGCCCACCAUAGAGAAGACAUUCUAGGGUGACCCAGCCAAGGAGAAAGGAAGAAGUGGCCAGGAUGUGACCUGGAGUUGGGAAAAGGAGAAGUUCUUUCUCAGAAACAAGAGAAUUGGCCGUGGAAUCCCAGUGGAAAUAAAGAUUUUAGGGCAUUGGUAGAGGAAGUGUGCGUUGGGUUCUUUUCCUGCUCUGUCCCUUAGCUAUAUCUGUUGAUUUAGGCUGGGAAGAACCACAUACAUUUGAAAAAACUGUGUUAGAGCCACUGGCUGUUAUCCCCAAGCAUCUGUGUAUUGGAUGACAAGUAUACGUAGGCAGGAGGAAAUUAAGAGGAGGUUAUGCCCCAUGGAACUUCCAUUCUAAAUGUAAAUAAGGCAUGAGAAGCUUUAAGAUGUCAAAAAAAAAAAAAAAGUGCCAUAUGUGUUAGAAGGAACAGUCCCUU